UGUUUGAAGACGAAACGAAAAUGUUGCAGAUUGAGGAGAUAAAAAGCCAAGCCUGAACAUUAUCGAAGUUUUUUUUAUUUAUUAAAAUUUACUAUUUGGCUGUAAACUAGUUAAAAACAACAGAUUUCUUGUCCAUGGUUACGUUAGUAUGAAUUGUUAUAAACAAACCAGUAGUGAAGCUCGAUAAAAAUGGUUCGUACAGAAAAUACGACGUCUAUCCGUGUCGUUAGCGUCGACCACUAUAUGCACAAACCGGAACCCCAGUUCGAUACGUGUUAUUCGGAAUUUAAAGGAUGUGAAGUGAAACAGGUUCCUGUUCUACGCUUGUUCGGUUCGACCUCCGAGGGGACGCAUAGCUGUGUGCACAUUCACGGCGUUUUUCCAUACCUGUACGUACCGUACGAUGGUAGUACCGACGAUUCACUGGCCGUUGAUCGUUUGAUGUAUCAGCUUGCCGGCAGUUUGGAUAAGGCCAUCAAUGUGUCCCUCGGUAAUGCCAACUCGACCGCUUCGCAUGUGUUCCGAAUUUCGUUGGUCAAAGGAUUACCAAUUUACGGAUUUCACAGGAAAGAACAUCAUUUUCUAAAGAUUUAUCUUUACAACCCGUUCUUCAUUCGGAAAGCUACUAAUUUGUUGAUGAAUGGUGUCAUUUUGUCGCGAGUGUUUCAGACAUUUGAAACGCACAUUCCGUAUAUUUUGCAGUUCUUCAUUGAUUACAACUUAUACGGGAUGAGUUUCUUGCAUGUUCCUAAUUGUGCUAUACGUGAGCGGACUGGUGCCGACAGUGGAUUGCAGAAAAUGUCAACUUCAGAGUACGAAAUCGACAUUCUGGCAACGGACAUUCUUAACCGCAGUUCGAUGGAGGAGGAGAAACGAUCCGAGUAUGCAAAUCCCGGAAUCGCUUCGAUUUGGAAUGAUGAAAAAGCAAGAAGGAACAUUUUGGAGAUGGAUCAACCGGAGGCACUUGGUUUUACGCAAAGCGGAAAAGUUGAGAUUGUUACUGAAAGCGAUCGAUUCUACCGGGAUCUGUUGGCUUCCAAGCUUGUUAGUGAGAAUAAUAUGGAAGUGACAGGUUCUGAUAAUGCGAGAAAAAUUAAGCCUCCGGUUUCUUUCUACCCUUCGGAGGUUGACGAUCAAGAACAACUCUUGGAUGCUUCCUGUGUUCAGGAUCAUAAAACGUUCUCCUUACGUGGUUAUGCGAAUUUAUCGGACGUACUUUCAAGCCAAAUAGACGAGGAUCGAAUUAUCAGCAUGUCUCAGUAUACGGAUACGACGUUUGCCGAGGAGGAUCACGAACUGUUGGACAUAAUGAAGGAGCUGGAGGGAAAUGAGAAUAAUGAUGUGGAGAAUGAUAGUUUGCUUGCACCGCUCACGCAGCAGGGUCAGGGGAGGAUAGUCACCGCCGGGGGAGGACUCGGUUUAUCACAAUCGAGUGACAGGAAACUGAAUGCAACAUUGAGUGGUGAUUUAGAGACAGUUGUGUUAAUGCAAGCGGAAGAGGAAGAUAUUGCGCUAAAAGAGCAGCAAAUACUUGACUUCACACUGGAAUCGGACGAUGAGUUUUUGUUGGAUUACACUGCUAAAAUGAAUGUACUUGAAGCGGGGGCAAAUCAGGUUCAAACACCGGGAAGCUCCCUCCUCGACGACAACGAGGAUGAUAUUCUUAUUGCUAGUACAAUCCCACAACUAGAUGGAGCGCACAAUGAAGUUCCGUUCAUUCCAACUAAACGGUCCCGAACAAAUGGAGUCUUGUCUACCAGCAUGAAUGGGUUUCAGGCAAACGGUCAUGAACCACUGCCAAAACGAAUCAGAUGCUCACGGGAAUUGAAGAUAUUGACUGGGUGUGAAUCGACGAAGAGAUCCGUUUCGAACGGUUUGUUUACGGGGUCUAUGUCUCCAAUAAAUAGGAAAAAAAUCAGAACUGAACAAAACAAUUCCUGUAUGCAAAAUGGAUUUGUCGAAACAAAGCCAGACAUGCCCAAACUUAAAGAACUGAAAAUUCGGGUGUCCAAAAUGGACCUAUCCAGCUAUCGACUUCCUCCCAAGGAAUCACCAGUAAAGAAAAAAGACCGGGACCUGUCGCCUUACGACGAAUUCCGCUUAGCCCGUGAGUAUGACCUUGCCAAUAACUGGGACCCUCACGAAGGAUUAUCUUGCGGUCGAAAACGACGGGGACGUGGACGCCCAAAGGCAGCGAAAACCACGAAAAGGAAACCGAAACGCCGAUCACCCGCUGCCCUCGAGCCCGAGCCAGAAAUAGAUAUCGUCCUGUCGCAAAAGUUUCAAAACAUUAUAAAACUUUCACCGAGUGUUCUUUUAAAGCCACUUACGUCACAACAAAUGGCUGAUCUGAGAGAAGAAUCUACUACAGUACCCGAGCCGAUGUUAACUUCUAAUUGUUCCGACGUGAUUAUCAUCAGCGACGAGGAGUCUCGAUCUUCCGGAUGCCACAAAGUGUUCGAACUACCAGAGAUUCCCAUGAUGGAAACUAUUCGGGAAGGUUUACCCAUCUCUGAUCAGGAAGGAAUGCCGGAACCUAAAAGUCCGGAUAAUGUAGAUUCUGCGGAUGACGAUGAUCUCAAUAUUAAGAGCUUCUAUGAUAGAACGUUGGUCUUUGAUGAUUUUGAUGAGAUCGGUUCAGCUUCGGAUGAAAGCAUUAUAAAUCAAGAUUUUACGACGGCAGUUGGAAGUGACCGGAAAGUAGCGAUUACUCUUCAAGAGCAACCUCCCUCGUUCGAGGAUGCUCUGAAGGCAUUGCAAGAAUUUGUGAUACCGAAAGUCGUGAAUCAGGAACCGUUCUACGGUAAUCCGGCUGAUGUCACGGGCAAAAAAGAAGUCGGGCACGUAGUACUGAACAUCGGUGGCAAAAGUUUAAAAGAUUUGGAAGAGUUUCGAAGCGUCGUUAGCGGUCUUGGUUCGAUUAAUCAGGCUCGUUAUGAAAAGUUAAGAUCCAUCUACGGCGAAAGUCUAGAUCAAAUCUUAGGGGAAUCAUCUGCUCGUCCGUGCAGCAGUCGACUCAAGGAACUUGUGGCCUCGGAUCGACCAGUAACAAUUCACCUUGCCGCGAAGCCACCAUCAAAGCAUGAGGCGAAAGUUUGGCUGAAAGCCGUCGAAGCUAUCCGGACAGCGGAGGCUUCUACCGUGGAACAGGACAGUCCUAUAAAAGUAAAAAAGAUGGGUGCAAUCAUGGCUGCAAGUUCGUCCCAGGAGGUACAAAACCAACUGCAAAAGAAAAUCGACCACGAAAGUACUCUCAAUCUGAGCUCUCUCAUAGCCGAUAGUAGUCAAAUUGAUUGCAGUGCGAGAAAAUCACUGGUGUCGAGAAUUUUUUCCAUGAAUGCGAUAGCAUCCCCAGCGACGAGUAAUGGUGGAUCACCAUCGGUUGGUGCAGAUCGAAUGGAACUACUGAAUUACAGUGCUAGGAGAAAACGGCGCAAGACUUCGAAGGCGAAACUUUCACUCAGUGUAGCUUUUAAGCGCCUAAGAAGCGCCAAAGCAGCCGAGGAAUCGUUUGCCGUAGAAGAAAGUCCCGAAGAAAUCGCUCCUGGUCAAGGUGGAACUUCCUUCACUGCAAAUUCGUUCGUCGAAGAAGGACUGGAUGUCGUCAAUUCGUCCCAAAUUUUGUCACCUAGCCAAAAAUCGGAAAGCUCAGACUGUACUGCAUCGGAUCAAACGACGCUUCCACAUAGCGCUGAAGUAGCAUCGAUGAAGCAACGACUACUGACGGAGUCUCCACUCACAUCGGAAAGUUCGCAUCAAGCGAACACAAAUGGGAAUAUAUCUACCACAACGCAGCAUAAUAACACCUUUGGGUUCAAGGUCAAUUUCGAAAAUCUUCAGAAAGCCAAAGCCACGUGUGAGUACAACCACCUAACGAUAAUAUCGGUGGAAAUCCACGUUCAGACACGCGCCGAUCUUCGACCGAACCCGGAAAUCGACCCCAUAUCGGCCAUAUUCUAUCGCAUUCACAACGACGUCCCGGAGGAUCACCGAAGGGCACCAUCCGUAUGUGGAAUUAUUUUGAAUCAUGCCCACAGCGGAACGGUCCCCAGCGACAGAAGUGGCCUGUUCAAGUACAACCAGUGCGCGUAUACGGCCGACGUGGUCACGGUCGCCAAUGAGCGGGAGCUGUACGAAAAAUUUCUGAUGUUGAUAUCGUUCUGGGAUCCGGACAUAUUUGCCGGGUACGAGAUUGAGCAGAUGUCAUGGGGUUACAUCAUUCAGCGAGGGUAUGUCUUGGAGAUGAAUUUGAUGAAGAUGCUUUCGAGGGUGCCUACUGCGGAGAAGGUACAUGUGUCGGAAGAGGAAGAACAGGAUCUGCUGGAGAUGCAUGAUUACAGUUCGGGUUUGCAGAUUCCGGGUAGAAUUUUGUUGGAUAUUUGGCGACUGAUGAGGCACGAAAUUGCUUUGACGUCGUACAGUUUUGAGAACAUUAUGUAUCAUAUCAUGCACCGGAGAGUGCCACGUCAUUCGUACAAACAAUUGACGAGACUGUGGAAUAAACCGUACUCCAAGUGGAUCGUGUAUGAAUAUUACCUGGAACGGAUUAAUGGGAAUUUGGAACUGCUGCAACAGUUGGAUCUGAUUGGAAGGACUGCUGAGUUGGCCAAACUUUUCGGAAUUCAGUUCUAUGAGGUUUUGUCGCGAGGAUCGCAGUUCCGGGUGGAGAGUAUGAUGAUGAGAAUAGCUAAACCUAGAAACUUUGUGUCGUUGUCACCCAGUAUACAGCAACGGGCACAUAUGCGAGCGCCCGAAUAUUUACCGUUGAUCUUGGAACCAAACUCCCGUUUCUACGCGGAUCCGUUGAUAGUACUGGACUUUCAAAGCCUCUACCCCAGUAUGAUCAUUGCCUACAAUUAUUGCUUCUCGACGUGCUUAGGACGGGUGGAACAUUUGGGACAAUCUGAACCCUUCGAAUUUGGUGCUUCACAGCUACGACUUCCACGUAAAAUUCUGCAAACUCUUAUUGAGAAGAACCUGAUUACGAUUUCCCCCUGCGGUGUAGCAUACGUUAAGUCUUCCGUCCGGGAGGGAAUUCUGCCGCGAAUGUUGAACGAGAUCCUGGCGACUCGGUUAAUGGUGAAGGCUUCCAUGAAACUGCACAAGGACAACAGCAUUCUGCAGCGGGUGCUGCACUCCCGACAGCUUGGAUUGAAGCUUAUCGCCAAUGUGACGUACGGUUACACGGCUGCCAAUUUCAGCGGUCGAAUGCCGUGCGUUGAGGUGGGCGAUAGUGUCGUCAGUAAAGGGCGCGAAACACUGGAAAGGGCAAUCAAGAUGGUGGAAAGUUCGCAAAAAUGGGGCGUUAAGGUGGUUUACGGCGAUACGGAUUCAAUGUUCGUAUUGUGCCCCGGUAGGACAAAGGAGGAGGCGUUCAAAAUCGGGGAAGAGAUUGCCGAUGCGGUUAGCAAAGAUAAUCCUCCUCCGGUCAAGUUGAAACUGGAGAAAGUUUAUCAACCGGCUAUUCUGCAGACAAAGAAACGCUACGUGGGAUACAUGUACGAAAGUGCCGAUCAGGAAAAACCCGUGUAUGAGGCAAAAGGCAUUGAAACCGUUCGACGCGACGGUUGCCCGGUUGUUGGCAAAAUGCUGGAGAAAGUUUUGCGAAUUCUGUUUGAAACGCGGGACGUUUCAAAGGUGAAAGAAUACACGUGUCGUCAGUUUACGAAGAUUCUAGAAGGACGUGUCAACCUUCAGGAUUUCAUAUUUGCCAAAGAAUUUCGUGGCAAAGAGGGUUACAAACCGGGUGCAUGCGUCCCCGCUUUGGAGCUAUCACGUCGCUGGAAGUUAGAUGAUCCACGGCGAGAGCCACGUAGAGGUGAACGGGUUCCAUAUGUAAUCAUCAGUGGUCCACCACUGGUCCCACUGAUACGUCUAGUCAGAAGCCCAGACGAACUGCUUGCCGAUAGCGGGCUCAAAAUUAACGCAAACUACUACAUAUCUAAAGCAAUUAUCCCGCCUUUGAAUCGAUGUUUGCUGCUGAUUGGUGCCGACGUCAAUCAGUGGUACAACGAUCUUCCGAGGAAAUUUCUGAUGUUGCACAACACAGCUGGAAAAGGUUCCUCCCUUGCUAGUGAAUUACAGGUACCAAAAAAGAGCACAAUCUCGCAGUACUUUUCAACUACGAGCUGUGUGGCGGAUUGCGGUAAUCAGACGCAUCGGGGGAUUUGUAACGGGUGCCUUCGAAAGCCACAGCACACGGUCAGCUACGUGGUAGAUAAAAUAAAUCGAUUGGAGCGUCGAGUCGAACUAAGCGAAAAGAUGUGUAAAUCGUGCUGUCAACGCACGUUCGAAACGGCAUGUAACUCUCUCGACUGCCCGGUGUUAUUCGUACUCAACCGACAGAACCGAGAACACGCACAAGUUCAGUAUUAUCGGGAUCUGCUGGAGGAAAUGUUUUAAGGUUUUUAUUUUUAUUUAUUUGUUUUACCAUUUCAGCUAGUAAAUGAAAGAUCAGUGAAAUAUAUUACCCAGCUUUU